AUGAACCUCUCUCUUGCUUACAUCUCACUUUUUCUCUCUCCUUUCGCCUUGGCACGUCCCGACUAUGCGGCUCGUAUUCCUAAUGGUCGCUCGGUACCUCAUCCUGGGCCCCAGGGCGGCGUGUGGGCGGGCGUUGGCCAUGACAACGCCGCCGGUGGGGGUGCUCGCAAUCCUUUUGGUCUAGACUUUGCUUCCAACGGAUUUGAAUGGACAAUCCCUCUUUGUGAAGCCGAUUCAGAUGGGGAUGGAAGAUCCAAUGGUGAAGAGCUUGGAGAUCCCAGCUGUGAGUGGUCACCAGGUGAAGAACCAGCUGGGCCUGCUCUAUCCCAUCCCGGCAUUGUGGAUAACCCUAAAGACACUGUGCCCAAUCCUUGCGAAUCCUAUGAGGCUCCGCCCGAUGUACAAGUUCUUGACAUCAACUUCACGACUGCCAACGAAAUGAACGCAAGUCGUACGCAUUAUCGUUGUGAACAGCUCGUGGUGGAGUCGCCAGAUCCACUUGCCGCCCUUCAGCAAAUCAAGACCGAAGCACUGGUAGACAAUCCCAACGUCCUACACCACAUGUGGAUUUACCACUGUAUGGGCCAAGACAGCUCUGAUGGAAACAAAGUGGGACAAGGGUCGUAUGAAUGCUCGGGGAUGGAAUCCAAUUGUCAGAUCGUCGCAGGGUGGGCAGUUGGGCCAACCGAAUGGUGUGAACAUCCCAAUGUGGGCAGCUACAUUGAAUUUUUUACGUCUUCCGUUUUCAAAGUGGAAGCUCACUAUGACAAUUCCCAAGGAAUUGCUCAGUCGGAUCAAUCUGGAAUGCGUCUGUCCUUCACGGCAACACCAAGACCUCUGACUGGAGGCUUGUCUGUACUGGGCAUGAGCUAUUGGGACAGGCAGUUUUUGGUACCAAAGCAGCAGGAAUCCUUUGCUCUAACCAAUCUAUGUCCCAGCACAGCCACACAGUUGCUUUCAUCGCCAAUGUGGGUGUAUUCCUGGAAUCCUCACAUGCAUUUGUAUGGCAAAACAUUGGUAACAGAACAUUACCGCUGUGGUGUCAAGAUUGGGGAGAUUGGCCGCAUUGAAGACUUUGAAUUUGACAACCAGCAGUCUUAUCAUCUCGACCCCCCGGUCAAGAUUCUACCGGGAGAUGCCUUGGUAACCACAUGCACCUAUGAUACCACUACUGUGGACCAGGAUGUCCCCGGUGGAGAGUCGACAAGCGAAGAAAUGUGUGACAACUAUUUGACGUACUUCCCCUACAUUGGCACCGACUGGCAACCCAAUCUGUUUAGUGCGUGCAAUACCUUUCCGGAGGGCGAGAACCCGCGGUUUGCGGGCUAUGAUGACAGUACCCCCUUUGGCACGGUGGAUUUAGGCGGAGACGUCCUUGUGUGGGAUUGGCAGGCUGAUGCAACCAACAAUGUCGGGGAGUGUUGUGCCACGAGCACUUGCGAUACGGCCUACUUGUCCAACGAGGGCGAUCCCUGUGGAAUGGAUUCUGAUUGUGUGUCUGGCAGCACUUGUCAACUCAAUAUUUGUACCAAAGAUGAGAUAGGCGACAAAAACGAAUCUGAUACUAGAGGAGCAACUACAAACAAGAUCCAGAACUCUGAUACCACUGACGGCUCGUCAUUUGCUGAGGAUGGCGUGCAUGUGUCUUUGGCAGUUUCCUCAGCUUCGGUGACGUCGUGGUGCAUCUUUCUCAUCGUCCUUAUUGGAUGUGCUGUCUGA